AUGGUGUGGAGAAACCAGACCUUCAACUUUGACUUCAUCCUGCUAGGAAUCUUCAAUCACAGCCCCACCCACAUCUUCCUCUUCUCUCUGGUCUUGGGCAUCUUCACAGUGGCCUUCAUGGGAAACACAGCCAUGGUUCUUCUCAUCUACCUGGACUCUCAGCUCCACACACCCAUGUACUUCCUCCUCAGCCAACUCUCCCUCAUGGACCUCAUGCUCGUCUCCACCACCGUACCCAAGAUGGCUGUCAGCUACUUGUCUGGCAGGAAAUCCAUCUCUGUAGCAGGUUGUGGACUCCAGAUACUCUUAUAUGUGUCCCUACUUGGAGCUGAAUGUUUCCUGUUGGCUGUCAUGGCCUAUGACCGCUAUGUGGCUGUAUGCCACCCUCUUCAAUACACAAUUCUUAUGAAUCAGAAGGUCUGUGUCCGCAUGACUGUUGCUUCCUGGAUCUUGGGGUCUCUUGAUGGUAUCAUUGUUCUUGCAGCAGCCUUGUCAUUCUCUUACUGCAGCUCCCUGGAAAUUCAUCACUUUUUCUGUGAUGUUGCUGCCCUAUUCCCUCUCUCUUGUACAGACACCUCUGCAUUUGAAAGACUACUUUUCAUCUGCUGUGUGGUGAUGCUGAUCUUCCCAGUCUCAGCGAUUAUCAUUUCCUAUUCAGGAGUUCUUCGAGCUGUCAUCCGCAUGGGCUCUGGGGAAAGUCGCCACAAAGCCUUCACCACCUGCUCUUCCCACCUGUCUGUGGUUGGACUCUACUAUGGGGCUGCCAUGUUCAUGUACAUGAGACCAGCCUCUAUCCAUACACCAGACCAGGACAAGAUGGUGUCAGCCUUCUACACCAUCAUCACUCCCAUGCUGAACCCUCUGAUCUACAGCCUCCGCAACAGAGAAGUAUCCAGGGGACUUCUGAAACUAUUGAGGAAAAGAAAGUUAAUAUAA